AGUUGAAGUUCCUUAAUCCAUAAAUAACAGAAACUCCAAAGAACAGUUCCUUUCUGCAGAAAUACUGGCUUCAUGAACACUGAUGAGGAACACAACACAGUCCACUAGUGUAACUGUAAGUGUAACUAAACUUGACAACAAUAACUACAGAAAUUUACGGAAAUGCACAGAGAAGACGGAAAAAGGGAUGAUUCUGUGUACGAAAAUAUUACUAAAAAUAUAACUGGUAAAUCUGGAAAAGAGAUCACUGACUGUAACGCGAUGAGAAUCCAGUCAUCAGAACUCACAGAUUCAGGAAGUGAUGGUUUGACGAUCUCCAGAGCAGCUGGUGUGUGUUUGGGGCUGCUGUGUGUUCUUCUGCUGACUGCAGUCAUAGUGCUGUGUGUCCUCAUCUAUACAAAAAGCACAAACUACACAGAGGAGAAACAACAGCUUCUAACUAAGAUCACCAACCUCACAGAAGAAAGAAACCAGCUACUAACCAACAAUACCAGCUUAUUUAAACUAAACAAACAGUUCAGUCAAGAGAAAAAUGAACUGGCAAAGUUUUUUCAAGAUGGAUGGAUUUACUAUCAAUUCAGUCUUUACUAUGUUUCCACUGAGACGAAGAGCUGGGCUGAGGGCAGAAGAUACUGUACAGAGAGAGGAGCAGAUCUAGUGAUCAUAAAUGACAGCAAAACACAAGAUUUUGUGAAGAAAAUAUCCUGUGGAUCUGAAACCUGGAUUGGUCUGACUGAUAUUGAAGUGGAAGGCACAUGGACAUGGGUAGAUGGCAGCACAAUGACCUCUGGGUUCUGGAAUGCUAAUGAGCCCGGUGGAUAUACAGAAGAGAACUGUAUUGUCAGAAUUUCAGAAGGAUGGGCUGAUUAUCCAUGUACUAACUUUUUUAUAUGGAUUUGUGAGAAGAAAAAUGUAAAAUGAGUUAAUUAUAUGCAAUGACUUAUAUAUAAUACAUGUUUAUAUUUAGCAUUCUCAUUUUUAUUAUUCCCUCUUCUGGCAAUUCCAGUAUGAGUUUUUCAUGGUUAUAUUGCAAUUAAAGCAAAUUUCAGGUUCAGUACAAGUUUAGCUCAAAUUCAGUAGAUACCUUAAUGUUUAUUUACAUGUUCCUGUAUUUGUAAGUGUUUAUCUUGCUUAAUAAAAAAUGAA